AUGGGUUCAUCAUCUUCGAAGCCCGUGAGAUCUGCCGCGCAGGCAGUCUCACGGCGCCAAUACCCUAAACAACCUUCCACUUUGCCAUCAACACCAUCAAAGCCUCCGUCUCCCGGCCCUGCUUCAGCACCCCGUCCGCCAAAGGAACCGGAAACAAAGACCCGUGCUCCUACUGGCCCAACAUAUCAUUCCAAAGAACAGCCGUCUCUUACAAAAUCAAACGCCAUCGACCUCGACGGCCGAGAUCCCGAUUUCGCCGCAUCCCUCCGCGGCAUCGGCCCCGUUAGCCCAGCCCCGACCCUAUCCAAUUCCAGCACAUUCGCCUCCGGAGCCCAGCGCGGGGACUCCGUUCAAACCGUCUUUCCCCGGGCGGCGAAUCCGGCUUUGCUGGUAGUCACCGCGCGCCAGAAGAUUGCUAAGGCCGCAGAGCGAGAGGUGGAAUUGACCGGACGACAGGGUUUUACGGGACGGGAGUAUCUGGAUGCAUUGACGAUUCGACAGGCGCUGUCGAUGCGGGAUCGGCAGGGUAUGCCGUCGGGGGAGAUUGAGAGGCUCUUACGGUUGAAGAAGGGGGUUGUGGAUCGGUUGGGAGAGAAGGGGGUUGUCUCGGAGGUUGGUUGA